CAAUUCAUUCCCACACAACCACACAAAUCAAACUAACAAAACUCCCAGCAGAAUCAAGCACUCAUCUCAGUUUCCUAUAGCUUAUAUACAAUGGGUGUUGUCUCAUACCAAACAGAGAAUUUUCUCGCAAUCGCACCAAACAGGCUAUUCAAGGCCUAUGCUGAUGGUGCCAACUUCUUCCCCAAGGUUAUCCCCAUCAUCAAGAGUAUCGAAAUCAUUGAAGGCAACGGUGGAGCCGGAACCAUCCAGAAGUUCACUUUCGUUGGAGAUGGCGGAGUGACAUAUGUGAAGCACAAGAUUGAAGCACUCGACCAAGACACUCUGACAUAUAACUUCAGCAUAAUUGAGGGAGACCUCAUCAAGGGUGCUCUUGAGAAAAUCAGUUCAGAGAACAAGAUUGUGGCUUCUCCGGACGGUGGGUCUAUUUGGAAGACCACCGCCACGUACCACUUCAACAGUGACGUUGUGAUUCCGGAGGACAAACUCAACGAGGCCAAAGAAAAGUCCACCGCAAUGUUCAAGGCCGUUGAAGCAUAUCUCUUGGCCAACCCUGAUGCCUAUUAAUUAAGUCAAGUCCCCUGGCCUAUUCUUCAAUCUAUCUUUGAUUUCAGAAUAAAACUUCCUAAUAUGGAUGUGCUUGUGCUGUUUGUUGUUGUUCAUUUUAUAUAUUCAGAGGUUUUGUAUCAAAUUUUCAAAUGUUUCUGCAUUAGUUCCAAUCAAUGAGAAAAUUCUGCUGGUUUUCCAGA